UCCCGAAGAAGUGGCAUUUUGACGUUUCAACAUGCAUGUGAUUUGUAUAUCCGUUCUAGUCGUCUAGAUUCGUUUUCAAUCGGUAGUUUAGCUUUCUGUGUUUGUCUUGUUCUUUCUAAACCUCAUCACGCUGCGUCUGGUGUGGAGAGAGGACUACCUAACCAGCCAGUGGGAUAUAUAUGCAGUAGCAACAACAAGGAUCGUGUGAGAUGAUGGGCUUUUUAUUUUGUUUCACUACGAAUCAAAUCUAACCAAAAGCUUAAAUUGUUACAAGAAAAAGUAGACAGCUGUUGUGUAUAAAAUAGCACAGCAGACUUCGUUUGCYGCUUGUGGUUUUACCCACACCCCCUCUGAUCAGAUACAAAACGCACAUCAAGGAAAAUGGCGGACUUUGAGAAGGACGAAGGACUGCCCCAAACAAUGCAGGAGAACCAAGAUGACGAGGAGCCCCAAUAUACUUAUGACGCUAAGCCAAGCAAGARGCAAGACGACGCAAGUUUGGAGGAAAAGGUAAUUGAGGAGGUCAGAAGGUACAACAAUUUGUACAACACCUCAUUGAAAGACUAUAAAGACUUCACCAUGACCAACAACAGCUGGAAGGAGAUAGCCAAAACUCUCAGAGUAGAAGAACAGAUUUGCAGGACGAAAUGGAAGAACUUGAGAGACAGAUAUGUUCGACUGAGGAGGAAAAUGAAGGGGAAGAGUGGUGAUGCAGCAUCAGAAAUACAACCACAAAUACUCACCACACUGUCCUGGCUGUCUGGCUUCAUUAAACACAAGGAGACGAAGGCAGAGGAGAUGGACACCUCAGAAGACCUGCAAGAUGACAACCUGAUCAAGCAGGAACACUUCCACAGUUCUAAUAAUGAGCAGCAAGAUGGACAUUUUCUAGUUAGGAGUAAAAUACGAGCUAGAGCUCCAGGAAAGAGAACACCAACACACAGCAAAACAAUGCAGGAYAAGGAAGAGGAGCCCCUAGAUACUGAUGACUCUGAUGAUUGGAUCGAGGGUUUCAGUCCUGGAGGAGAGAAGCCACACUACUGCUCCGACUGCAGUAAGAGCUUUAGAAAAGUGAGGGAUCUUAUAAGACACCAGCGAUCACAUACUGGAGAGAAGCCUCACCACUACCCUGUUUGUGACAAAAGUUUUGCUCAAUUAGAUAAGCCUAAAUUACACACAAAAAGACAUAUGAAAGAGGAACAUGUCACARGGAUCGAACAGGCUGAACUGAAUGUAGACCGUGUGCACACACCGCAGAGAACAGCCAGCAGAGGCAGGCAGAAGAGUAAAAUUCAAGCUAGUGCACCAGGGGGYAAAAUGGUCCAGUCACAGGCAGGCYAAGACUCGCCUUGCAAAAGUUCUGUUAGGAAGAAUCAACACUUAGUUAAAGGACAACAACCCCAAACAACGCAGGAGAAUGAAGAGGAUCCUGAAGAUYCUCCUGAUGACUGGACUGAGAGUUUCAGAACUGUAGAGAAGCCCUACGUUUGCUCCGACUGUGGUAAGAGCUUCAAACAAGAGAAUCGUCUUAUAAGACAUCAGCGAACACAUACAGGAGAGAAGCCUUACGACUGCCCUGACUGUGACAAAAGUUUUGCUCGAUUAGAUKAUCUUAAAUUACACCAAAAAACACACAUMAAGGAGGAACGUAAUUUCCACUGCUCUGACUGUGUGAAAAGCUUUGUCCUAUUGGAGCAGCUUGAAAAACAUKAGCUAACACACAAGAAAAGUUACAGCUGUUCAAAGUGUGAGGAAAGGUUUUCAGACCUGGUUGACUGGAAAGCACACUUUUUAGUACACAGAGAGARCCUCCACUGUCCUGACUGCGAUAAGCAGUUCUUGUACAAGGGACUUUUUGAAAGACACAGAAGAACACAUUUGAGUAAAAUAGAAACAUUUCUCUGCACAAUAUGUGGGAAGGAGUAUCGCAACAUCAAAAUACACAUGCGAGUACACACUGGAGAGACACCGUAUCACUGCACUGAGUGUGGGAAGAGUUUUCCAUACAUAAAAUCGUACCAAAGACACAUACUAACACAUACCUCUGGAGAAAGAGCAACCUAUCCUUGUUUGGAAUGCGGAAAGACAUUUACUCGCAAAGAUGGCAUGGUGAUGCACGUGAGGAGGGUUCAUACUGGAGAGAGAAAUCAUCAGUGCAGAUACUGUGGGAAACGAUUCUUUCGAAAAGAGAAACUUAAGGUACACAUGCUAGUUCACACUGGAGAGAAACCAUACCAAUGCMCUGUCUGUGGGCAACGCUUCUCCCAAGAUGGCGACAGAAAACACCACGAGAAGAGGCACUACUCUGGUGUCUCAGAUUUCCUCGAUCUAUAAUGCAGAAGUGGUGUUUGGCAUUGCAGGAAGUGGGAACCUACRUAAACACUGACAUAAUCUAAUAAUCUGUUAACUAAAAUGUUAACAGAUUAUUAGGAUUUACAAAACCCUAUUGUUGUACCUUCUGACCUCUUCAAUUACCUUUUCCUCCAAACUUGUGUCGUCUUGRGUAAGAUUUACAAAACCCUAUUGUAAUGGGAAUUUUAAUGUUUGUGCUUUUCUUAUAACUAAUUUCUMUGUUCUAUUUAUGUGCUGUUCUAGAAACCAAUUUCUGUGUUCAACCAAUUUCAAGUGMUUGACUGAACAAAUCCUCUUAUCAGUAACWGCAAUUUGGCAGUACACCCAGACCUUGUUUUGAGAACAAACAAAAGAUGUCUCUGUUUAGAGAGAAGCCUCGUGAGGUGUUAGUCUGUCACAUGUUAUGAACCACUAUUGGUCGGUCACAUGAAUGAAA